AUGGCGGAAUCCGAGAGAAAGAUUCGAGAAAAUGGCUUGCAGUCACCCUACAGUCCGGCACAAGUUUCCACAUGGGUCUUUCUUCCCUUUCUCUUGGUAGAAUUUGGUCUCGUGGCGUCUCCUUUGAUGCCCAUCGCGGUUUCCAUUCCCGUUACGCUGGUGGUCUUUGGAAUUGCGGGUGCUGCCACCUAUUAUGCCUAUGUGACCAUGUCGACGGAUCCAUCGGAUGUGCGAAUAUUCUCCAAUCCACAAAACAGAAAGAAUGACAAGGUCGAAUAUCAAGCACCAACCCGUACCACGGAUGAUACCAUCAAGCAUUGUUGGAUUUGCGAAGCAGACGUUAUACAGACAUCCAUGCAUUGCAAAUUUUGUCAAAAGUGUGUGGAAGGAUUUGAUCAUCAUUGCAUGUGGCUCAACACAUGUGUCGGAAAGAAGAACUAUCAUUUAUUCCUCAAGACAAUGAACUGUAUCAUUUCCUUGCUGGUCUCACAUAUGGCUGUUCAGAUUGCUCUCCUUAUUGAUAUGUAUGCCAAUCCUAAGGGAACCACUCGAGAAUUGUCGGAGCAAUGGCUUGGAUUGACUAGUGAUAGUAGUUUGCAGAGCAGCAAAGAUGCUACAACCCUUGGAGUUACCAUUGGAAUGGGAGCCUUUAUCGUCAUGGAUUUGAUUGCUCUGAGUCUCAUGCUACAAUUGUGGAACUUUCAUCAGAAACUAAAGCGGGAGAAACUCACGACGUAUCAAUUCAUUAUCAAGGACAAUCAACGGCGACGAGAAGCACGACAUUUGGAGGAGGAAUUGGACCGAAAACGAGAUUCGCAAAAGGCCAAGGCGCUGGCCGAAAAACGAAAGGGAGACUAUUUCAAACUGCAUUGGGGUGGGAUAUUGGCCACCAGCUGUGGCAUCAAAAGUUGUGAUCCACUGCGACAAGAGCCACAACGAACCACCAAAACGGGAGACGGCGACGAUGAAGAACAUGGCGAAAGUUAA